AGAUGUAUACAAAUCAGGAUUUUUCACAAGCGCCACCUUUCAAUUACAACCAGAACUCGAAUUAUAUUCCAAAUUACGAAAUGCAGGGACAAAUUGAUUAUAAUUAUCCGUCAAGUUUAGGUACUCCUUCUGCUAAUAUGAAUUACACUUAUUUUAACCCACCAUCUAAUUACACUGAUGAAGAAGAAUCAGCUACAGUAAUGCUGCUGAAAAUGCGAGAACGAGAUGAAAAGAUGAUCGAAGACUUUUUAACUGAAAACGAGCAAAAACAUGAGGAAAAAAAGGAAAACAGUUUGGACAGAAGUUCAAAGAUAUCUGAAGCUCGAUGCACUUUGGUAUCGAUUUGUCGAUUGAAUAACGAGUUGAAAGAAUUGAGAGAUGAACUUAAAGAAAACCCAGAUAUGCCAGAGGCAGAUUGGUAUGAAAAAAUAAAAGCUACUGUGAAUAAAAGAGAUGAAAUUAAUGGAUAUCUUAUUAAGUUGGAGGAUGAUGAGUACAUGAGCAAAGUGAAACUGUGUUUAGAAAAGCGAAAAAAGAAAAGAUUACGAGAAAAAAAACAAAGAACUUCACAAAAAAUUGUAAAACAAGCUGCUACGGAAAGGAGAAUCAAACUCCAUGCUGAGGUAGAUGCCUGGAUAAAAGAUAAACAAGAUAUAAUCGAAAGAGAGAAACGCGACUUUAACAUGAGAAAAGAUGCUGAUAUUGUACUCGCGGAGGUCCGAGAAAGGAGGAGCGACGCUAGAAAGUUUUUAGCCAUGUUACAAGAAUUGCAGAAUUUGAGAAAAAUUCGAGUGACUGUUGCCAGGGCAAGGGGCGAGCACUUGUCUGCCGCAGCUGAUCAGGCAUUUGCAAAUAUCAUUGAUAAAUUGGUAGAGCAAUGGUCAGCGAUGGACAGGGAAUACUCGAUCGAAGAACAGGGUCUAAAACUAAUGUUAAAAACGGAAAAUGAAGAGAAAAUUAAAAAGCAGAAAAAAACCAUUUUUGAAGAUUGGGAAAAUGUACUUUUUGGUAGAAAACUUCCAGCUGUAGAUUCAUUCCAACGUAACAUAAAUGCAUUUGUGGCCAUCAGAGCUGCGUGGGACAAAUACAUCAAUAACAACGGGCUUGGAUCUCCCAUACCAAUAGGUUGGGUGAUGCCCGCUCCACCUUCAUCUGAACCUUGGCAGAAAUUCCUGAAGAAAGAAUGAAUUUUUUGUCACGACUAAUGUAAAGUUAAUCAUACUAAUUUUGCUAUAUUAAAUUCGAUACCAUUUCAAUA